ACACCACGGAUGGACAAAAAAGACAAUUCUAUCGUUUACCCUUGCUGCUGCUGUUGCUACUGUGUUGUAGCUAAAAAUGACAUCGUUUGUUUUCAGACAUUCUCUCCUUCGCGGCCUUCCAGGGACAUGCAGGUUCAUUAGCGAGUAUCGGACAAAGAGACCGUUGUUUACCCUGUUUUCAGUCAGAAGUUAUGCCACUGGUGAAGACAACAGGGUGCCCAAAAUAUACACCAAAACAGGAGACAAAGGUUUCUCAAGCACAUUUACAGGAGAAAGGAGGCCAAAAGAAGAUCACAUUUUUGAAGCCUUGGGGAAUACAGACGAGCUGUCAUCAGCUAUAGGGCUGGCAAGAGAGUUUUGCCUCGAUAAAGGUCAUACAUUCACUCAUCAGUUGGACAAGAUCCAGUGCGUUUUACAAGAUGUGGGCUCCAACAUUGCUACCCCUCGAUCAUCUGCAAGAGAAAGCCAUAUAAAGCGAACAAAAUUUAUUGCACAGCCAAUUGCGGACUUGGAGACCUGGAUUGAUGAGUUUACAGAAGAACUCCCUCCUUUAACCAGCUUCAUUUUACCAUCUGGUGGGAAGAGCAGCGCAGCUUUGCACUUAGCUCGGACAGUCUGUCGGCGAGCAGAGCGCAGCGUUGCUCCAAUUGUGCGAUCAGGCGAGGCAGAUCCAGAUGUUGCCAAGUUCUUGAACAGGUUAAGUGACUACCUGUUCACAGUUGCCAGAUAUGUGUCUAUGAAAGAGGGCAGUGAAGAGAAAAUCUACAAGAGGCCAGAAUGACCAGUCUCAUAUGAAGAUUAAAACAAAAGCAUUACCUUUUGAGAUGCAUAUACUUUAUUCAAACUGUAAAUACAAUACAUAGAUUUUUUUAUGUUAAUGCAUUUUUUCCCCACAUUUAAUGUAAAAUCAGAAUAAACAGUGUACAUCCAAAA